CAUUAUAAAUACUAGACUUCCAUAACAAGAAUUGUGAUUCGUCGCUUGCUAAUUCUUCCGCUAGUCACGUGACUCCUACUCCACUCUUACUCUUGUCUCUUGGAGAGAGUGAGGUUGAGUUUUGAGGCGUUCUGAGGUCGUACAAGAGUUGAGUUUUUAACAAGAAGUGGUAAAAAGAACCGUAUUUAUUUCGUGUACAUAUGCCGGCUGCCACGAAAGAGGCCGAAAAGGCCGAGACCUCGUCUCCUGAAAAAGAAUCCCCGAAGAAGAAAUUGCCUCGGAAUCGACUGCUCUGUCGAGUUACGCUCCUGGAUAAAUCAUGUUUUACUCCCGAAAAUAUACAAAAAACAGCCAAAGGAAUCGACCUCAUGGUCGCAGUAGCCGAGCACCUCAAUCUUGACGAGAAAGAGUACUUCGGACUAUUGUACGAUCACAAAGGAGAGAAGUACUGGUUGGAUCCCCAGAAAGAGAUAAAGAAGCAACUCAAAGGCAAUCUUCCACACUUUGAACUAGCUGUCAAGUUCUACGAGCCGUACCCUUCUAAGUUAAAACAUGACAUGACACGUUACAUGAUGGUCCUUCAAGUGCGGGAUGACAUUAUUUGUGAGAGAUUACCAUGCUCAUUUGGUGCUCAAGCGCUUCUGGGGUCUUAUGUUGUACAAUCUGAGUUUGGUGACUAUGAUCCCCAUGAACACAAGGGGAACUACCUAGCAGGCCUGGUCUUUUCCCCAAACCAGAGUCAUGAACUGGUGGAAAGGAUUAAAGAACUGCACAAAGAGCAUAGAGGUUUGACCCCAGAGGAGGCAGAUACGCAGUACCUGGAGGCAGCCCGUAAGCUGACUAUGUAUGGGGUGGAUGCUCACCCGGCCAGGGAUGGUAAUGGUGAUGAAGUUCUGGUGGGUGUUUCCUAUGCUGGGGUGCUGGUUUUCAAGGAUGACCUGAGACAGAACAAGUUUCCUUGGCCUAAGGUUGUGUAUCUCUCAUACAAAGGAAGGGAUUUCAGUGUCAAAAGUAGACCUGGGGAGCUUGAAGAGCUAACAACUACUAUGACCUUCAAAUUGCCAACUGAGAAGGCUGCCAAACGCUUGUACAAGUCUUGUGUCGAGCACCACACAUUUUUUAGGCUCUCAUUCCCUGACCCUCCUCCAAGUAAGACUGACUCUCUUCUGAGAAUGGGAUCCAAGCACAGAUACAGUGACAAAACCCUCUUUCAGCUCCGUAAUGAGGGUGUGCCAAUCCAAAGUGCUCAGCCAAGGUUUCAGCGAGUUUCCAGCAAGAACUGGUCCAAGGGUGAUGCCCCAUCCACCACUGAGAUCAUUGUGGUAGCGGACGAGGAGGCCAAAAAGAGGCCAUGGACUGACAGAUACCGCAAUGGACAAAAGGACAAGAAACUCAAGGCUGGGGAGGCCCCGCUCUCUGAGGAGGAGAUGAUGGCGACAAUGACCAUGGAGGAAAGAGAGGAGUACAAAAAGAGAAUGGCUGAGAGGCUUGGACAAAUCAAAACCACUACAACCACCACUGUCUACUACCCGGGGAAGGGUGGGGAAGAGGAUGUCCCCCUUGAGCAUGUCCCCGUUCAAGCUUCAGGUGCUGGAGUCGAGGACAGCUCUACCGUGGCUUAUGGAGUUGGCGAGGCAGGAUCUAAAGUCAAAGUCACCCGCCUUGAGUCCACGGAGGAAGACAGGGAGAAGAGGCGUAGGGAGAAGGAAGAGGAGGAGCGACUGAAGAGGGCGGAGGAGGAAAAGAGGAGAGAGGAGAAGAGGAGAGAGGAGGAACUCAAGCGGGAAAGGAAAGAGCAGGAGAGAAGGGAGAAGGAGCGUCAACGCCUUGAGAAGGAAAAGAAAGAGGCAGCGGAGCGUGCCGUAUAUGCAGCGAGACAACCGCCCACUGAAAAGAUCGGCUUCAAAUCGUCCACCACCACCCCCUCCAAGGGGGAGGCAGAGGUUCUGGAGUUCAGCUUUGCCACGCCCGUGUCCUCGGGUGAGACGAUCAAGAGGGCCCAGAUGAAGUCUGCUGACACGGACUCGUACAAGGGCCGUGUGGUCCGCGUAGACGACGCUAAAUUGGAGACGCCAGACAGGACAAGAAUUGCGCCUGAGGUUGCCAGUCGUACACUAACAUGGUCAUCCGAGCGCCUAAUGAACGAGCCCUACGCACGUGGGCAUUCCUCAACCCUCCCUGCAAGGACCAAGGACAAAAAACCCUCACCCAGCCAACCAGAGGAAGACCGUCGCCACAGCGCAGACGACCUCGACCAUGACGACGACGACGACGAUCACCGACGCAGGCACACCAGCAGCGGAGGCGUGCCUCUCAUCACCCGCGAAGAGUUGGUCAGGACGUACUCCCCGGCGGGCAGUGCGGAGGGAAAGGACAACCGUGCCAGUGCGCCGCCUGAGGUCAGGUACACUCUGAAGGGGGAUACGGACCACGAGCAAGGCGAAACAGGGUUCGUCCGAGAGAACAUCCAGCGUUAUUCCACCAGCAAGGAGGUGGAGUCGAUCCCGGGAGUGACCACAAAAACCGUUACCAUCACUGCCGAUAAGGACCCACAGGUGUACCCGAAGAAGGCUCCGCCAGUGGUAAAAACAAAGCCGUACUCUAAUACCGCCAGCAAACAAGUGACCGAGCACGUCACGACUUCCACUUCUUCGCAGAUACAAGCUGCGCCCCACCAGCAGCAUCCCGGAGGUACGGCUACCAUUCCUAGUGUGCCCACUCAGCGAGUGGUGUAUGAUCAGAGCGCGCCCCUCGCAGGUGGCCCCGCCCUCCCAGGCCACCAAGAGGGUGGUGUCGUCGUGACGCGUACCGUGACCAUUGAUGGUGAGAACAGGAUGGUACCAGUAACUAGUGAGACAGUCCGCCACACCGCCAUGCCUACAGAGAUUAUCACCAAGACGAUCACCAUCGAGGGUGACGGGGGACCGCUCACGGCUGCGGAACUCAAGGAGAUCAUGGCCCAGCAAGCCACGGCCACCACCUCCGAGGUCAUCACGACGUCGUACACGACCACCACGCGUACACAGACGGUUGAGAAGACACUAGACGAGACCAUCAACCUGGUGGACGAGGACGGAAAUGUGAUCGCGACAGGCGACCCUGACACUGACGCGGCCAUUGCCGAGGCGAUCAGACAAGCGCGCGAGGCCGAUCCUAACGUUAAAGUCACAGAAGUUGUGAUCACACGCAACGACGAAUCUAGUAUUUAAAGAAUUAGGUACGUAUGAAAAAUAAACGAUAAACUCAAGAAGCCUGGCAGUUAGGAAGAUCACGAGAAGAGUUCAAGUGGUGUCAGUUCUGGUCAGCAGAAUGAUUGGGAUGUGGCUAAGAUAGUAAUUAACACCGCCAUUUCUUAUUGGCAUGUUUAUUUGUUCUUUGUGUCGUGUUUUUUUUCACAGAAGUAAAGCACUUGUAGCUCUUCUUAGCCGUUUGAAUUCUGAAAUCCCAAUGUAUUCGAUAUCGACGUUGACUUAAUUAUAGCUCCAAGCAGACCAAGCACACCUGGCCAAGACAGCAGGUAGUCAUCGACAGUAGACAGAAUACAGCAUAUAACGUUAAGAUAAUGAGUCCCGUUAUGGCGUAUAUGGGCAAGUCGAUUUACUAAUUGCUAGGGUCCAUUUGUGGAGACACGUGUGAAAGUUAGGGUGAAGGAAGAAAAGAGAAGAAAGAUAAACCUAUUUGCAUUCUCUCGUUUGUAUCUUCCUUUGCUCUGAGUUUCAAUUUAAAGUUAUGUGAGCACGACUAGGUUGAACCCAAUUAGUUAAGUUGAACAAAACCCUUUAUCUCCAAGGAAAUAAUAACAGCCACAGAAUGCCUCCAGACACGAGUAGAGUGGUAUUUAACAAGGUUAUAAUAAUAUUAUACAUAAUUUUAAUUAGAUAACUCUUUGAAAUAGGUAGUCUUGAGUUUUUCUCACAAGUUUUUAGUAAUACUGUAAAGAACACAUUAAGAUACAUGCACGACAGAAACCUAAACAAACAGCUUACGAUUACUUAAGUUCUGGAUAUUUCUUAGUUUUUAUUGAUGUACUUUUUAACGUAAUUCUUAUGCCUAAAUAAGGAUGUUUUUGUUUAUAAAGUAAUAACUUUGCGGUUUCGACAGACUGCAGACAUAGGUGUAUAAAAUUAAUAAAGGUAAUUGCUGUUG